UCUAUGACCACGACCACUAGUUUGUUCCUGAACAUUCCCGAAGGUCACUAAUCAACUCCAAAAGGAGAGCCACCCAAGAUAUUUUUGCCAGGCUUCUUAAAGCUUCUGGAGCACAUAUUAUGCAACAGCCAGAACCCUUCUGAGCCUAUAUAUAUGUAUUUACAUGAAGAAGCUCUCUGCGACAUUUUCGCAAGCACUUGGAGAUAACAUUCUGGAGAGCCAAACAAACAACUGUUUCAUGCUAUAUUAAUAAACUGGGAAUUGGGCAUUUGGUUUUGUUGUAGAGAAGAAUAAUGGAGGCUAGUUAUGAAGGCUCUUCAUCUUAUUAUAGUGUUCUUGGAGUUGGUUCGGAUUCUUCUGCAGAAGAAAUAAGGCGUGCUUAUAGAAAGCUUGCAAUGCAAUGGCACCCAGAUAGGUGGACGAGGUGCCCUUCUCUCUUGGGUGAAGCCAAGAGAAAAUUCCAGAAAAUACAAGAAGCUUAUUCAGUUUUGUCAGAUAAGAGGAAGCGGACAGUAUACGAUGCGGGCUUGUAUGACCCUAAUGAAGAAGAAGACGAGGGCUUUUCUGAUUUCGUUCAAGAAAUGGUCUUUCUCAUGUCGCAGACUAGGAGAGAGGAAAAGAGCUACAGCUUGGAGGAACUACAAGACAUGUUAGUGGAAAUGGCCAAGGGGUUUGAGACUCCCACGUUUUUCUGUGGCUCAGCAUCGACAUCAUCGUCGUCGUCCUCAUCACAAUCAUCAUCUGUAUUUGAAGGUUCUGGUUGUUCCAAAAGGACACGUUUUGACCCAAAUCCAAUGGUAGACAGAGGAUUUGGUGUAUAUGCAUAUCGAGCUUAGGUAAUGGAAAGGGUAGUCAUUUCAAUUGAGAAGGGAGGAAAGUAUAAUACUGAGCCUUCCACAGUUUUCCUGAUUAACUUUCCAUCACAACUUUGGAUCGAGAAGAAUUUGGAAGUGCAAAUUCUUUCUAAAUUGCAAAGUUUCAGCUUCUCGAAAAUGUGAUUCUUAUUCAAGUGAUUCUCUGCAUUGAGUAAUGCUUUCAGUCAAGAAAGAGAUCAAUGUUGUGAUCUUGGAUAAAGAUGAUGAAGGAAGCACUUGACAGAAAAAAGUCAUCUCACUAAUCAACUAACACCACUAGAUUGCAGAAAUAGCCAUGGUUUUACCAUUGUUCUGUAGUCGUAGAAGUAGGGAGUGACGGAUUGCUUGGUUGGUCUCUAUAGAGUGUACUACCGUAUUAGUUUCAGUUCUAAUGUAAAGUACUUGUUAUCUGAAGUUUCUACUGUGGACAAGAAAUGGCGUGUUCUUAUUUUCAUUGUAAAUAAAAAAAUUCAUGAAAAUUUGGGAUUGUAAAAUCGUGCUUUCUGUCUUGUUACUGUCACAUUAUUAAUAAAAAACUAAAUUUAGAAAAAA